GCAAGCAAGCGGUGCGCUCCGCGGAUGAUGAUGAUGUUGCUGCUCUCGGGUGUGCAUCUCGGUGGACAUCGGAUAUCGCAGCGAGAUGGCGCAAGACCGUUGGGAAGGAAAAAAGGAAGGAAGGGAAGGAUGAAUUAAUGGAUGGAUGGCAGCCAAUUGGCAUCGGCACAGACUCGCCACGUUCACCUCCACCACCACCGCAGCCGCCACGCCCACCUCCAAAUUUCCCUUCUCCUCAGCUGGCAAGGUUUCGACGAUGAGAAUCCGAAGCGGCACAUUUGCAUUCCGGGUUAGCUGAAGUCAAUCCUGCUGAGUUCUUAGUUGGGUACCGCUUCUCUGUUUCUCUAUUGUUUUUGUUUCAUAUUGGUUGCGGUGUGGCUUGUCUUUGCUGGAAUUAGCUCUGCUUUUUUGUCUGAACAAUGUGCAUCGUUUGUUGUCGUUGAGCUGCUUGGGUUUAUGGGAGUGCGUUGUUGGGUGCUUCUUCUUCUGUUUUUUUUUUUUUUUUUUUUUUUUCUUCUUUUUUUUUUUUUUUUUCCUUCUAUUUUUCUCCUGGUGGUCUUUUAUUUUCGAUUGCGAUGCUUGUGAGUGAUUGUCGUGAGUAGUAGGGGUUUUGUGUAAUUCGCUGUGGGCAUGGUCUCGUGCGGGGGGAUUGUGCUGCGCUGGAGCUGUUGAUUCUCAAGUGGGUUUGAGCCGCUAGGAUUUUUGUAGAAGGGAAGAAGCCUUUACUUUCGUGACGCUGGUCACUCGGUUAAAAUCACACGCUUACUGAUUUGUAUGCCAGUUCAUUCUUGUCGUGGACUUCUCGCGUGUGGCAGAGCGAAGGUCUUUGGUUUUAGUAACAAACACGUCUUUAUGAUGGCGUCUGCGUGGGGUACGAAUCAGAUCAUGGCUCUGUACUCGCGGAAGAAGCAAAAGAUGUCUUCACCUGAACGUACAGUGCAAGUUUCUGUCUCGCAACCGCUUUCUGCCGUAGGAAAGCAAAAUCUAGGUCAUACUCUCGCUGAGACACCCGUGAGAACCUACUCUACUCAUCCUACAUACCCCUUUCCAAUUGCAGACCUUCACCCAUCGGGAGGGCUGCUGCACUCAGAGUCAAUUCUGACAUCGGCAGGAAAGGUGAUAAAGAAAGGUGACUUGGAUCUUCUUUAUUUCCAGGCUUUCAUCAAAGCUCCUAUGGCGAACAUGCUGUACAAGCACUUGCUUCAUGAGCUACCCUGGUACAAAGUCAUGUAUAUAGCUCGGGGGAUGACAAUCAACACACCGCGCUACACCACCGUGUUUGGGAUUGACGAGACCGCAGUUUUCGAGGCGCCCUCUGACGAAGAGGGUGGGGAAUCUGUUGGUGACGACGAAGAGAAGAAACAUAUCAGAACGCACAUACCUGUAGCAGGGCCCAGGGUUUUGUCAGCCAUAUCCAAGCAACCCGUGCCAGAAAAUGUGUACCACAAGCCACCGCGGCCGAUCCCUCGUUGCCUGCAGGAGCUCAAGAGGUGCGUGGAGCAAGCUACGGAUGAGUACUACAAUUUUGUGCUAGUGAAUUUCUACGCUGACGGCACACACUCCAUCUCGCCUCAUUCUGAUGACGAAUCCUUCCUUGGAACCAACCCUUGCAUAGCUUCUCUUAGUCUAGGUGGAACGCGGGACUUCGUAAUGAAGCACAAGACGAGAAAGGAUGUGAAUUCGGAGAAAUUUGCACUUCGGAGUGGAGAUAUGGUGGUGAUGCGAGGGACUACACAGGCAAACUGGUUCCACAGCAUUCCCAAGCGCACAGGGAAGACGCAGGCAACAGCGCCGCGCAUCAAUGUGACUUUUCGGAAGUGCAUCAAUGCUAAGGGAAGCAACAACUACUCCCAUUACAACGUUGGAAGUGGACCCAUUCAUCGCUUUGUGAACGGAGCUAUGAUGGAGCAGACCAUCACUGAGUAGCGAACCCUAAAACUCUGCUGCUUCUGCUUCGAAUCCUUCACAUCAACGGAGAAUGUGGGCACCUUGAAGAGCGUUGGUGGCGUGUUGCACACGCACCUGCAUCCAUUUUCGCUUCUUCGCCACGGCUGCGUGCUGGGAAGAUCUUCCUUGAAGAGCCAAUAGAGAUUUUUGCUGAAUAUCUUCAUGUUUUGAGGACAUCCGAUCGAAGACUGGUUAUUCGGAGCUUGAUAAGCAUUCGCGUCCUGUAUUCUGAUUUGUCCUCAUCACCCAUUGGGUUCAGAUAUUGAGUACUGCAAUAUUCUGUGGCUGUCGAGACACCAUUGCCGCCAGUAUUGCUCAGUUCAUAACAAAGAACCGCUUCAUGGCAGACAAAUCAUGUUACCUUAUCAUGGAGCAAACUGGAAGACGAAACUUGAGGACGGCAGAAGAAGAAUCACCUCACGAAUUUGACACGCCGUCGUUUGUCAUUCAACCUGCAUGUUGCAGACUGAACACCUGAUUCUACUUACGGUACCUUUACCUCCAUUUGUUAACUGCUGAUGCAAUUGCCGAAAGUCCAUGUCUUCUUCUACUUCUUCUUCGUCUCAGCUUUUCUUUCGUGGCUGUAGCUUCUGUGCAAAUGCUUGUUCUGCUCAGACUAUUGUGCAGUCAAGCUGGUUGCUGCAUGAACUAACUUUCCAUGUGGGUCACACAGUAGCAUUCAACUCGCCAUAGAUUCGGGGCAGAGAGCACAUAACCUCUGCUUAUUGUGCUUGUUAUCAAAGAGUAGAUUCUUAGAGGGAGUUUUUCUGAUUGUUGGAAAGAUUAAAACUUGUUUUUACGAAGUGUAUACACUAGCAUGUUAUACAAUGUUGAGAUUUUGAAAGUGGGUGAGGAUUUUGUUUUUGUGUUUCUUCCGCGAAUAACAUUGAAACAAAUCAUUUUAUUUUGACAAAAAAUCAUGUUUGAGAUA